GAGCCCGUCGAGCUAAGAGCAAGAAGUAUUGAUUAGAAAUAAACGACAAACAAAACAAACAGCUAUGACUUAAUGCAACAUGCUUGUGUGAAUGUGUCAAGCUAAGCAGUGGUAAAAGAACGUGCAAAGUUAUAUUGUGAUAAAGUGCGACAAAAGUAAUGCUUCAUUGCUGACCAAGUGUGUGUAUGUGUAUGUGUGCAACGCAUUAAGCAAAACCAACAAAAAGUUAACGUGACGAAAUAAUUGAAACAUCCCUCCCGUGGCAAGAAAGUGAGAUUCGCAGCGAAAGCAGCAGGAAUCAUUACGCACCAUCUCAAUUACGCAUCGAAUCUCAACAUCCAGACCGGGGGAAUCACGUACUUCCCAAAAAGCUCCCAAACCUAAAAAGCCCAAGAAAAAAACAACCCUCGAUCGUUGUCAAGGUGAUAUAUGGUACUGGAUGAUUUUUGGACGCGUGUACUGAUGCGCUUGUGUGUUACACGUGCGUGAAUGUAAGUGCUGUGUGUGUGUGUGGGUGCUCUAUGUUGGUUGUCGAUUCGCAAGGAACAAUUUUCGCAAGAGCCGCAGGAAGUCUCGAAUUGUUGGCUUGAAUUAUCCUUGCUGCGUCGUGCGUGUGUAUGUGUAAAAUAUAUUGCGUGUCCUGAGUGUGUAUGUUGGGAGCUUCGCGUGCAAAGUUGAAUCUGAAGUGCAGAAAGGCUGAUAAAAUUUGAUAGAGUGAAUCGGUACGACGCACAAUUUCGACCGGCAUUUUGACGAUGGGUGUGUAAACGCCAGGAAGAAGAUACACAAGUCCACUCCAGCAAGGCGAUUCGGUGAGGCAAUAUAAUAAAAUUGUUGUCAGUGAACAGUGACAGAAAACUAGCGCACAAGAAAAUUCCCGGCACGUGUAAACUAGUUAACGAAUCCAGUAAGUGUGAAGAUCUAAUGGUUGUUGCAAUAUGGCCACAUCACCCACACCAUCCUUAGACUCUCUACCGGGUGCAUCGAAUUCAAUCGGUUCGUUUGGCGAACCGGCGGAUUAUUUGUCCGACUCGCCGCUAACAACGCUGAGCGGUGGCUCGGGUACGACGGGAUCCUCUCCACCGGCCAGCGAUUCCGCAAUCUGUGACGACUUUGCGACCUCGUCCAGCCUCGAGUCCGCCCAAUCGAACAACGGCUCGUCCGAGUCGCUGUUUCCGCGCUGCACCGGCUGCAAAAGCAAGCAAUCGGAUGCGGUGGCCAAAUGCAUGGACUGCGAUAACUUCCUGUGCGCCAACUGCGUCACUGCACACCAGUUUAUGCACUGCUUCGACGGUCACUCGGUGUACCGCAUUACCGGUGCGGGUAGUGUUGGUGGGGGCGGGAACACGUUCGGUUCGAUUGGAUCCCUCGCGAAUGGAACCAUGGCAACGGCCAACACGGUCACUACGACUGCUCCAGCCACACCGACGCUGGGCGGAUUGCUGGGAGGGUGCUUUGAAUUGCCCAGCCCGCUAACCAGCAGCCUCCUGGGCGGUGGAUCGGCCGGUGCCACGAAAAUGCUACAGGUUGGAAGCUUUGAAUCGACCCAUCCGCGACUCAGCUCGCUCAAUCUGACCAUCAAGGACGAUGCCAGCAGUCUGGUGAAAUCAAUCAUGAAUAACGUGAUCACACCGCCGACAUCGAACGGUACCGGUGCGCCUGGCAGUGGCAGUAACAUCGGCAAUGGAAACGGCAACAGCAGCAGUAACAGCAGCACCAGCAGUAGUAGCAGCAGCAGCACCAGCAGCAGCAGCAACGGUGUCAAUGGGAACAGUCUGCUGAAUCAGGUCAACAGUCAGCUUUCGGGCGUUAUGCAGCAAUCCACCGGUUUGGGAUCAGAUCUGCUGCUCUCGAAUGGGCUCGGUGGUGGAGGUCUGGGCAGUUUGCUAAGCAAUGGCAAUGUUGGUACCGGCCUCGGAGGAGGUGGGCUGCUCGGUGGAAACAACAAACCGAACUAUUUCUGCAAGCGCCAUACGAGCGAACUGCUCAAGUUCUUCUGUCGCACAUGCAGCGUACCGGUGUGCAAGGACUGUAUGUUGGACCACCCGAACGGUUUGCACGAAUGCGAGCACAACAGUGACACUACGCCGAAACAGAUCGAAAGUUUGCUGCACACCGUGUCGGAAGUUCGCGCCAAAGCUCAGGAUUUGCGCUCGCUGAUCAAGAACGUGGAACACAUCAACCAGCGCAUCCAGGUACAGUAUCACAAGGCCCAGAACGAGAUUGAGGACACGCACCAGUUCUAUCGCUCGAUGGUAGACGAGCGUAAAGCCGAACUGCAGAAGGAACUGGAGAACUUUUACAACGCGAAAACGGUCUCCCAGUCGGAGCUGCUGAACCGUAGUCAGGAUCACGUCGACAAGAUGUUGCAGAGUUGCGAGUUCGUCGAACGGCUGACAAAAUGUGCCGGCCCAUCGGAAACGAUCAUGCUGCGCAAGUUUAUGGAGAACAAGCUGAUGCUCUUCCCGGCCAUCACACACGAUCUGCAGGCAUCGUACGAGCUGGAAUUUGUGUCUAACUACCAAGCGAUACAGAUUGGGGUCCGCAACACCUACGGUUAUAUCCGCUCGAAUGUGGAUUUGAGCGUUGUCACGACAAAGCAACCACCCAUAGCGCGUCCAACGUCCACCACCAAUGGAGGUGGCAACGGUCUCCUUGGAGGCACCGGUGGUAAUCGCAGCGUCAGCCCAUCAAACAGUAGCACAGGCAGUUUGAACUUGAUGUCCCAUCAUCACAUCAGGGGUGGUGACAGUAUCAUGAACGGUGGCAACGGUGGGGGAGGACCCCAUCUGCUCGAUCACCACUCGCACCAGCGCCAUCAGCAGCAUCAGCAACAUCAGCAACAGCAUCAGCAGCGCUCGUUCGGCAGUUCGUUGGUGAAUGGCGGUGGACACGGUGUCAAUGGUGGAUUGUCCACAUCUCCACUGAGCGGUGCCAGCAUGGUUAACGGUUUAUCGACGGCCUUCGACACCGCGAACCUGAUCACGAAACGGUUCAACAGCGCCAACAGUCUUGGUCCAUUCGUCGGUGAGCCAUCGAUCGGUCAGCCUAUUGGUAAUGCGUACGAGAAGUGGAGCAACGGUGGUACGGCGGAUCUGUUCAACAACCUCGCUGACCAAUACACGAUCCCACUGAACCCCAUCGGUGGAGGCGGAGGUGGUGGCGGUGGAGGCGGAGGCGGUGGUAACGGUAGCUCCGGUGCUGGCGGACAGGGAGAUCCUUCCACAGCCAUGAUCGACCUGACGGCGAAGCUGAUGUCAAGUUCAAUGUUCCCACCGAAGAGUCAAAUUAAGCGCCAGAAGAUGAUCUACCACUGUAAGUUCGGUGAAUUCGGCGUAAUGGAGGGCCAGUUCACGGAACCGAGUGGAGUGGCAGUGAACGCACAGAACGACAUCAUCGUCGCGGAUACGAACAAUCAUCGGAUACAGAUCUUCGAUAAGGAGGGACGCUUCAAGUUCCAGUUCGGUGAGUGCGGCAAGCGGGAUGGCCAGUUGCUGUACCCGAAUCGGGUUGCCGUAGUGCGUAAUUCGGGCGACAUCAUCGUAACCGAGCGUUCGCCAACGCACCAAAUACAAAUCUACAACCAGUACGGUCAGUUUGUGCGCAAGUUUGGUGCCAACAUUCUGCAGCAUCCGCGCGGUGUCACUGUGGACAGUAAGGGCCGCAUCGUGGUCGUCGAGUGCAAGGUGAUGCGUGUCAUCAUCUUCGACCAGUCUGGUAACGUGCUGCAGAAAUUCGGCUGCAGCAAGCAUCUCGAGUUCCCGAACGGGGUCGUUGUCAACGACAAGCAGGAGAUCUUCAUCAGCGACAAUCGAGCGCACUGCGUCAAGGUGUUCAACUACGAGGGCCAGUUCCUGCGACAGAUCGGUGGCGAGGGCGUUACCAACUACCCGAUCGGCGUGGGCAUUAAUGCCAGCGGCGAAAUCCUUAUCGCGGACAAUCACAACAACUUCAACCUGACCAUCUUCACCCAGGAUGGGCAGUUGGUAUCGGCCAUGGAGAGUAAGGUGAAGCACGCGCAGUGUUUCGAUGUGGCCCUUAUGGACGACGGUAGCGUGGUGCUAGCGAGCAAGGACUAUCGGCUGUACAUCUACCGGUAUGUGCAGGUACCUCCGAUUGGACUGUAAAUGCACUCGCGCCCGUAAACUCAACGCAAACAUCUUCCACGACGGCCUCCGCAAGAAAUAGCGUGCUGCAGAAUUCCGGAGGCAUUUUUUCUGGCAAACACGCGCGUCAAGGGUGGUGAAACACAAGAUGAAUGUAACUGUAUGUCGCUGUAUGUGUUGUUUUGUACUAGCCGUAAGACAAGUUUGAUAUUUAACAAGCAAACACACACACACACCCAUAAACUCUUCUACCGACACCACUCUGGCGCUGCUGUGUCCUGGUCGGAGAUCAUCUGUAGCGCGCUGUCCUCUUACUGUACCAGCGGAAUGAUGUUUGAAUUGAACAUCCCACGACAUGUUUUGUGAUAGUGCGUUAACUACUGAAACUGUGCUGGGUGCCACAAGCGAGAAAUGGUCAUGUUUUUACAUACUAGUGUAAAACAUAAACAACAACAACAAGAUAAUAGUGCAAGGUUUAAGGUGUCCGUCAAAAGAAACGCGCCCAAUAUCGUCUGCGUAGCGGGACAGACGGGACGAGAAAGCAGAUCAAACGGCAAUUGUGUAACGUUUAACAGCGAUAAGCAUGUGGUGUCAAAGAAACUGGCUAACAUUUGCAUACAUGUAUAUGAGUAUAUAUAUGCUAGUUUAUAUAUAUGUACGUAUGAAUGUAUGUGAGAAGGCGUGCGCGUGCUUGUGUAUUUUGAAGCUAUCGAGUUCAACACUAUGCUCAGAAGGAUAUGCAUCGAACAAUCAGACUUGUACUGAAUCAAACAGAUCUCCAAACAAAAAAAAAACAGUCAACUGCAAACGAAAAGAUUGUGUUAGUAUCGUUAAACUUAAGAAUCUUUGUCAAAUGUAGAAAAAAGUUAGUUGACGGAUGUGGGCGCAAUUACAUGAUGAACGAUCAUAA